AUGACCAAAGAAGAAGGUCAGCAUCCUGACUUUUUUCCCUACCUCCCAAUUCCUGCCAAAAGAGCUUCGCAUUUUCUCCUUCUUUCUCUCCUCAUUCCAACACCUGCCAAAAGAGCUUCACAUUUUCUCCUCCUUUCUCCCCUCCUUCGAAUACCUGCCAAAAGAGCUUCACAUUUUCUCCUCCUUUCUUCCCUCCUUCGAAUACCUGCCAAAAGAGCUUCACAUUUUCUCCUCCUUUCUCCCCUCCUUCGAACACCUGACAAAAGAGCUUCACAUUUUCUCUUUUCUCCCUUCCUCCGAAUACCUCUCAAAAGAGCUUCACAUUUUCUCCUUCUUUCUCCCCUUCAUUCCAAUACCUGCCAAAAAACUUUACAUUUUCCCUGUAUUCACCGCUUGAACUCUUUGCACUCCUUCAUUCUUUUUCUCUCUUUCUUUUUCCCACUUUACGCAUUUUCACCUCAUUUUUCUUCGUAUCUGAUGCACACUUUUAAGCUUAAAUUCCCUUUAUUACCUUCCUUAUUCGCGCUAACUCUUUCUUUUUCUUCUGUUUUCUCCCUUCUACAUAAAAUCUUUCUGUCUCUUUUUCUUUUCUCUCUCCAUCCCUCUGUUUUCUACUUUCCUACUUCGAUAUAUAUUUUCGCCUCAUUGUUUAUUACACUAACAUCACAAACGCAUCUUUAUCUUCAUGCUGACAUCCAUCUGUGCCUCUAUCUAUUGACGUCUAUGUAUCUAUCUACUGCCAUUUAUGUACACCUAUUUCUCAACACCUAUCUAUUGAAAAACUACCUGGCUGUUGACACCUAUCUAUCUAUUGACAUCUAUCUACACCUAUCUAUCUUUAUUCUAUCGACACCUAUCUAUCUAUCUAUCUAUCUAUCUAUCUAUCUAUCUAUCUAUAACUAUCUAUCUAUCUAUCUAUCUAUCUAUCGACAACUAUCUUAUAGACACCUAACUAUCUAUCUAUAG